AUGUAUUCAAUUAAAAGCAAACAAUCUUCAUUAAUAAAUACAUCUGUAGUGAACAAUAUUUACAUAUAUUUGAACAAAAAUCUAGUUGGAAUCAAUUUCAGUCGUUCAUUAAAAACUUCCUCUUAUGUAUUUGAAAAGGAAUUAUCUAGUGGAUAUAAACCAAAAGAAGUAGAAUGUAGUACUUAUUCGAAGACACCAGGAAUAUUUCCAAAAAAUACCAAUGGGAAAAUAUAUAGUAUGGUAUUACCUCCUCCAAAUAUUACUGGACAAUUACAUCUGGGCCAUGCAAUUAAUAUAACAAUUCAAGAUGUGUUAGCUAGAUGGUAUAAAUUAAGAGGAUUUGAAGUUAUGUGGGUACCUGGUUUUGAUCAUGCUGGAAUAGCUACACAAGUGAUUGUUGAAAAGCAGUUGUUAAAACAAAUAAAUAAGACUCGAUCUGAUAUUGGAAGGGAAGAUUUUAUCAAACACGUGUGGAAUUGGAAACAAGAAACAAGUUCAUCCAUUAAAAAACAAUUACAAGGCAUGGGAACCUUAUUAAAUUGGGAAAAAGAAGUUUUCACUCUUGACUCUGAUAUGGUAGAAGCAGUUAACGAAGCUUUCAUACGAUUAUUUGAUGAAGGAUUAAUUUAUCGAGACAAUGCUCUUGUAAACUGGUGCUGUCACCUUCAAAGUGCCAUAUCUGAUAUAGAAGUUCAGUCUAAAGAAAUAAAAGAGCCCACUUUUAUAAGAGUACCUGGGUAUGAUAAACCAGUGCAGUUUGGAAUACUUACAGAGUUUGCAUAUAAACUAUGUGAUAGAGAUGAAGAAAUCAUUGUUUCAACCACUAGACCUGAAACAAUUCAUGGUGAUGUUGCAAUAGCUGUUUCACCUAAAGACCCAAGGUAUGCACAUCUUAAUGAUGUUCAAGCCAAACAUCCAUUUCUAGAUAAAACAAUACCAAUAAUAUUUGAUGAAACUGUUGACUCUGAUUUUGGAACAGGUGCAGUAAAAAUAACACCGGCUCAUGAUGCCAAGGACUUUGAAAUAUCAAAGAGGCAUAAACUUCCCAUGAUAUCUAUUUUCGAUGAAAGAGGAUAUAUGAAUAGUAAUUGUGGCAAGUUUGCAAAAAUGCAUAGAUAUGAUGCACGAAAUGCAAUUAUGAAUGAAUUAAAGGAUCUCAAUUUGUUUAGAAAAAUUACAAAUCAUUCAAUGGUUAUACCUACAUGCAGUCGAACAGGAGAUGUAAUUGAAUUAUUAUCAAGGCCGCAAUGGUUUGUUAAUUGCCAAGACUUAGCGAAAUCAGCAGUAGAAGAUGUUAAAAAUGGUGUUUUGGAAAUAGAGCCAAAGCAUUUUGAGCAGAAUUGGUUUAACUGGUUAAAUGGAAUAAGAGAUUGGUGCAUAUCCCGUCAAUUGUGGUGGGGUCAUCAAAUUCCUGUGUAUGAAUGUUAUGAUAAAAAUAAUUCUGGUAAGAAAAUAUUUGUAGCAGCUCGAAAUGCAAGUGAAGCUGAAAAUAAAGCAACUUCUAAAUUAAAUAUAUCUAAAGACUGCUUAGUUGUUACACAAGAUCAAGAUGUAUUGGACACAUGGUUUUCAUCAGCUUUAUUUCCAUUUGCUGUUCAUGGAUGGCCAAAAAAAAGUCAGCAGUUAGAAAACUAUUACCCUUUGAAUCUUCUAGAAACAGGUCAUGAUAUAUUAUUCUUUUGGGUAGCUAGAAUGGUCAUGCUUGGAAAAAAACUGACUGGCGUAUUGCCUUUUCAAAAAGUUUUACUACAUGGUAUUAUUUGUGAUGUGCAUGGCAGAAAAAUGUCUAAAAGUCUUGGAAACACUAUUGAACCUGAUGAUGUUAUAAAUGGAAAAUCAUUAGAAGAAUUAAAACAAAGAUUGCAAAAAUUUCACAAUCAAGGAUUAUUUAGUGAUGCAGAAGUGAAAAAGUCAAUUGAAGGCCAAAAGAAAUUAUUUAAAAAUGGUAUUCCAGAAUGUGGAAUAGAUGCAUUGCGAUAUACUUUAUGUUCUAAAAAUAUUAAAUCACAUUUUAUUAACUUUGAUGUUAAUGAAUGCCAUGUAAACAAACUAUUUGGGAAUAAAAUCUGGCAAGCUACUAAAUACACAAAAAUAUUAGUUAAUCUAUGUAGAGAAAACAAAAUGUUUGAAAAUAUAAUAUUUGAUAAAAGUAACUUAACAUGUAUGGAUUUAUGGAUUCUGAGCAAAUUAUCACAAAUGAUUACUAAAGUGAACACAAGUUUAGAAAAUUAUGAUUUUCAUUAUGCCACUGCUGCUCUGAAACAGUUUUUGUACUCAGAACUUUGCGAUGUUUAUAUAGAAUCAACAAAGCCAUUUGCUAGAGACUUCAGUUUGAGCACUGUUUAUAGCUGCCAUACUCUUAUAUUAAGUUUAAAUUUUGCUUUAAAGCAUUUAUCAAUUUUUAUGCCACAUAUUAGUGAAAAACUAUUAGAAGCAUUACCAGAGAUAAAUAAUAUUCACAGAAUCGAUUUGGGAACAUUUUUUCCAAAUAAUGAGGUAAAGGAGUAUAGUGACAAUUUACUAGAAUCAAAUGUUCAGCUAAUUUUAGAUAUUGUUUCAACAAUCAGAAGAAUUUGUCUUCUUCACAAUAUUUCCAAGAAACAGGAUAAAAGAGUUGUUCUGGAGAUGAAACUAGAAAGUCCUGAAUAUCAAUUUAUUCAUCCACAAUUAAAUGUUAUACAAACAUUAUCAGGAUGCAAAAAUACAGAAAUAUCUAAUCGAACUCCUGAAAAUUCUCUUUUUGAUACUGCAGGAGCAUUUUGCUCUGUGCAUGUCAUUCCUAGUCAAAUACCAGAAAGUACCAAUCAAUUAACAAUAAAUAAAAAACGCAAACUUAUGAAGAAGAUUACAAAAUUGCAACAAGUAAUUUCUAAUGAAGGAUAUAGGGAAAAGGCUCCUAAGGAUGUUCAGGAUAUGAACGAUGAUAAGCUAAAAACUUUGUUAGUGGAAUUACAAAAAUUUGAAGCUAUGGAACAAAAUUGUUCUAAUGUUAAUUAA